AUGUCUUCAAACGCUUCUUGUAUCUUUUGCAAAAUCAUUAAAGGUGAAAUCCCAUCCUUUAAAUUGAUUGAGACAGCCAAGACGUACUCAUUCUUGGACAUUCAACCAACUGCCAAAGGACAUGUGUUGAUUAUUCCCAAACAUCAUGGAGCUAAACUCCACAAUAUUCCCGAUGACUACUUGAGCGACCUUUUACCUGUUGUCAAAAGGUUGACCCGUGUUUUGAAAUUGGAUGAAAACAACACUCCAGAAGGUGAAGGAUACAAUGUCUUGCAAAACAAUGGUCGGAUUGCUCAUCAAGUUGUUGAUCAUGUGCAUUUCCACUUGAUUCCUAAAAGGGAUGAUAAAACAGGGUUGGGUGUUGGCUGGCCCGCUGAGGAAACCAAUUUCCCCAAAUUGGAAGAAUACUACAACGAAUUGAAAAAGGAGUUGGAAAAGGAAGAGAGUGAAAAGUUGUAA